AUGAAAGGAAAUAAAGGAAUAAAUGGAAUGGUCAACAACGAGCAACGUACAAAACGAGAGAGUUGCUUUCAUGCCACCACCGUGGCUGGAGUCUAACUCCUUUAACUCGCUCCGCAGCUUCAACUAUGAUUCUUACACAGGUAAUUCGUAUAAGUCUGCCACUACGCAAACUGGACCGGUUAUCCAUGUACCAGAAUCAGAAAAGAUCAUCAAUGCGUACCAAUGUCCGAGUAACAACAAUGAAAUGAUAAAGAAGAAUAAGAGGCUAACGAGUGAACAAUUAGCUUCGCUUGAACUACGUUUUCAAGAGGAUUUCAAAUUAGAUUCCGAGAGGAAGCUGAAGCUAGCGAAGGAGCUUGGUCUGGAGCCACGGCAGGUCGCGGUUUGGUUCCAGAACCGCCGUGCACGGUGGAAGGUGAAGCAUCUCGAAGAGUCAUACGACUCACUUAGGCAAGAGUACGAUGCCAUUUGGAGAGAGAAGCAGAUGCUACACGACGAGGUGAACAAGCUGAGAGCUAUAAUACUAAGAGAUCGGAGUUUGAUGAUGAACAGCAACCAAAUCGCCGGAGGAAAUCAAAUUUACGGUAUUGGUGGAUAUAAUAUCGGAUGAUGGUUGGUUCUUCUUGCUGGCCACCACAGCCUUUUCCGUCGUAGUUUGUUAUUGCUGAUCUUCGAGAGAUACAAUCUUUUAGUUUUAUGUAACGUUGGACUACGAGGAGCUUGUAUGAUUUUAACAUAAAUGAACGUCCAAUCC